AACAGCAAAAAAGGCUUAGUAGUCUGGCAGAUUCAGUGCCAGACAGACUAGUUUCCGAUAAAGUUGAUUCAGCACUCGUACGGGACAAGCCAGUUCAGGAGACAGUGCCAAGUGAGAAGCGGGCAAUGGAGGAGAAGAGAAGAAUUGUCAAGAGCCCUCAGCACAUGGCUGAUACCUCCGUUGAUGAUAUUGGCAUUCCACUGAGGAAUACAGACAGAUCAAAGGACUGGUACAAGACGAUGUUCAAACAGAUCCACAAGCUAAAUAGAGACACUCCUGAAGAAAACCCUUAUUGCCCUACCUACAUAUUUCCUGAACUUCCUGAAAUCCAGCAAAAAACUGAAGAAGACAAUCCUUAUUCUCCUACAUACCAGUUUCCUGCGUCUACUCCUAGUCCUAUCUCUGAAGAUGAAGAUUCUGAUUCAUACUCUCCUCGUUAUUCCUAUUCUGAGGACAGCAGAACCCAGCUUUCAGUUCCCCGCUCCAAGAGUGAGAUGGACAAUAUUGAUUCAGAGAAGAUUGUUAAGAGGUCUGCCACUUUGCCACUGCCAAACCGUUCUUCAUCACUUAAAUCAAGCACAGAAAGGACUGACUGGGAGCCUCCAGACAAGAAGGUGGAUACCCGAAAGUACCGUGCAGAGCCCAGGAGCAUUUAUGACUAUCAACCAGGAAAGUCCUCGGUUCUGAACAAUGAAAAGAUGACUCGGGAUAUAAGCCCAGAAGAGAUAGAUUUAAAGAAUGAACCUUGGUAUAAAUUCUUUUCGGAAUUGGAGUUUGGGAAACCGCCUCCAAAAAAGAUUUGGGAUUAUACUCCUGGAGAUUGCUCUAUCCUUACUAGAGAGGAUAGAAAGACUGAUCUAGAAAAAGACCUCUACCUCUACCAGACUGAGUUAGAGGCAGAUUUAGAAAAAAUGGAGAAGCUUUAUAAAGCGCCACAUAAAAAGCCACAGAAGAAUACUGCAGGUGUUACUCCUCUGGAAACUUCGACAGAUCAUUCUUCGUACUCUACAUAUUCACCCAACUACCAUGCAGUGAAGAGGGAGUCAGAACCAGCACUGGGGGACCCUGCUGGCUUGGAGAAUGAAAGGCAGAUUUACAAGAGUGUGCUGGAAGGUGGAGAUAUCCCAUUCCAGGGGCUGAGUGGUCUCAAGCGACCUUCUAGCUCUGCUUCCACAAAAGUGGAUCGUAAAGGUGGGAAUGCUCAUAUGACUGCACCCUCUUCAGUUAAUAGCCGAAUCUUUAACGCUAGUCAUACCGGUAUGUUAGGUCACGCAUGUAAACAUAAGAAGCCCUUAUCAGCUGCAAAAGCCUGCAUUACUGAAAUCCUCCCUUCUAAAUUCAAACCCAAACUAGCAGCUCCAGCUGCUCUUGUGCAGGACAAGAAGGGUAUCUUGCUGUCUCACGAGAAAGCUCAAAGCUGCGAAAACCUUCGUAGCUCCAUUGCCUUGUUCAAUAAUAAAAAAGCUUUCAUGGUAGACGUAGGGGAAAGCAUAGAAAACAUGUUGAUGAAGUCAAAGCAGGAGUAUGCCAUCAAAUCCGGCAGUACCAUGAGCCUGCAGGAGUAUGGCACCAACUCUAGGAAAGGGUACCUGUUCCCUGCCUCCAGGAAGAGUGGGAUGGAGUUUACAAUGCUGUAUAAAGACAUGCACCAGAUCAAUCGGUCCAGGAUCCAUUUGGGCACAGUGUCCUCCUGCAGUGUGAGGAAUAUUGCAUCUCAGUUUGAGAAUGAAGCAAAGGACAGGAUGGAGCCCAGCCUUAGUCGAGAGGAUUCAGAGCAGAUCCCCAAACACACGGUUUCCUCCCGUGUCAGUGCCUUUGAGCAGCUGAUCCAGAGAUCCCGAUCAAUGCCCUCGCUUGACUUUUCCACUGGACAAAACAAAUUCGCCACUUCUCUCCAGUCUAAAACUAGUCUGAGUUCUGCCUACUCUGCAGAGUUUCUUCUGGAUUCACCAAAAGCACACCAAGAAGAGAAGGAUGCUGCCAACUUGGCAGAUAAAUCCUCCCACUCCUGUAGCAACGUGGAGGACACUGCUUCAGAUGUCAGUGACGCCAUCCCUAUGGACACGCUUUCAGCUUGCACAGAUGAGAUAGAUCUCCUCUCAAAUGCAUCCAAUGACAGUGGCGGCAGCAGCAGCAACCUCAGUGGGCCUCAGAAGCAUAAAAUCAACAGAUGCAAAGGCGCAUGCCCAGCUUCCUACACCAGGUUCACUACCAUCCGAAGACAUGAGCAGCAGCAGGCCUCCAGGAACCCUGAUUCCAAAGGGGAUGUCUAUGGGGAUAGACACAUGCUCCCCAGAAAUGUCUACUUAAUGAGCCCGCUCCCCUUUCGCUUGAAAAAGCCCUUCCAACACAAAUCCUGCGGAACUCCGCCCCCAGACUGCCUGGGAAGCCUGGCAGUGCCCAGCCCUGAGAACCCAGAUGACCCCAUGCAGCUGCAGGGGAGCCUAGGAGACAAGAGUCACCACUCCCAGCACCAACUGUGUUCCAGAAGCAGGCCUCUAGCCCCCAGGCGCCUGUCUUCCUUUGACAUUGUGGAGAGGCUUAGCUACUUCCCCACCAUGGGGGAAGCUAGCCAAGAUAACUUCAUGGGCCGGGCUGACACUCCUGACUCCUUAAACAAUGGGAACCCUGUUCCAUAUGCCCUCUGUCACAGCCUGGACACAAACAACAACCCACAAAGUGAACUUGGGACGUACCUAGGAGAUUCAGAAUCACCAAGGCAUUUUACACCAGUUGAUUACAUGGAAACUCCAGAAGAAAUUAUCCGUAGACGGCAUGAUGAUAAAGAGAAACUUUUAGAGGACCAGAGACGGCUUAAACGUGAGCAAGAAGAAGCUGAUAUUGCAGCUAGAAGGCACACAGGGGUUAUUCCAACGCACCAUCAGUUUAUCACUAAUGAGCGAUUUGGGGACCUCCUAAAUAUAGACGAUACAGCAAAGAGGAAAUCUGGGUCAGAGAUGAGACCUGCUAGAGCCAAGUUUGACUUUAAAGCACAGACGCUGAAGGAGCUUCCUCUGCAAAAAGGAGAUAUUGUUUACAUUUACAAGCAAAUUGACCAGAACUGGUAUGAAGGUGAACACCAUGGCAGAGUUGGCAUCUUCCCACGAUCAUACAUAGAGCUCCUCCCACCAGCUGAGAAAGCUCAGCCCAAAAAGCCAUCACCAUUGCAAGUAUUGGAAUAUGGAGAUGCUGUUGCUAAGUUCAACUUCAAUGGGGAUACCCAAGUGGAAAUGUCCUUCAGAAAGGGUGAAAGGAUCACGUUGAUUCGACGAGUGGAUGAGAACUGGUAUGAAGGAAAAAUCUCUGGCACCAAUCGCCAAGGCAUCUUCCCCGUCACUUACGUAGAGGUGCUCAAACGGCCAGUGGUCAAGAAUGCCAUCGACUAUCCUGACCCACCAAUGUCCCUGUCCCCUAACCGCAGCAUGACAGCUUCACCACAGUCUCCCAGCUCUGAGCUGCUCCAUACACCAACUCCUCCGCCUUUGCCUUUUGCGCGCCGCGCCUUAUCUCCAGAGGUGCAGGCGGUCACAUCUGAGUGGAUCGCUCUGACUGUGGGAGUGUCUCCUAGCACCACUCCUGCCAUAACUCCUCCAUUGCCUCCUCCGCCUGAAGCCUCCCUCCCUCACACUGACUAUCUCUCGCCUUCUGCUGCAGCCAGCCCUUCCCCCUCGGUCAGCCUCCACCAUUCUCAUCUCUCUGGCUCCUCGACUCCCAGGUCCAUUAAAUCCCCGUUGCCCUCUUACUCAUCCAGACCUCAGUCCUCCGCUCGCAGUUUCGAUCAGGCCGCUCCGCAAAGCGAAGAAAAGUUUAUUGGCUCCCCUUCUCCCAGCAUGAGCUACUCUAACUCCCCUUGCUGGGCGGUGCAGAGCCCCGAAAGCGUCCUCGCAGAGCAGCGUGACACCACUGGCAGCCAAGCCUGGCUCCAGAAGACUAGAGAGGGCAGCAGCAACCCCGAGCAGGGUGCUCAUGCUGUUCCCAAGAUCUCUGUUGAGCACUGCCUGAAACCAUCCCAACUAGACAUGCAUGUGAGCCCAGAAAAGAGACCUGUGGGUUCCUCUGAGGACAACCAGUUGUGUCAGGAGCUAAUGGCUAUUGUGCAGGGAGGUAAAACAGAGAAAAGAGGCAUGAUGAGAGGUGAUCUGGGAAAGUUUCAAAGCGGGGAAAAGAAGACUGCAGACUCAAAAGCAUUCUCUUCAUCUGCUCCUCUCUCUUCCUCUGCCCUCCCUUCCUCUACUGUCACCACACAGCCACCUCCCAGACUUACACGCAGAGUCAAUAAGCCACAGCCUUCCCACCAUUCAUUGAGAGCUGGACCAGAUCUCACAGAGUCUGAAAAGAGCUAUGUGGAAGCUGUUUGCAAUGAGAUCAUAAACAUUGCAGAAAAGUCUGUUCAUUACUGCAGUACUAUUUCUCAGCCUCUUGACUCUCGCCACAAGGUGACCUCUAAUGACCAUAAACCAUCUCUCAUCAUUUCUCAGCAACCUCAAGCACAGCAGCAAGGAGCCAGCCCUGACAGAAGUCAAACACCACGAGACAUAGUUAGCUACCAAGCCCUCUACAGCUACACUCCUCAGAACGAUGAUGAGCUGGAACUGAGGGAUGGUGACAUUGUCGAUGUCAUGGAGAAAUGUGACGACGGCUGGUUUGUGGGUACAUCCAGGAGAACAAGGCAAUUUGGCACCUUCCCAGGCAACUACGUGAAGCUUCUGUACCUGUAA